AUGCGAUGCCUUGCAGAACUCAGUCCUUUUGGUACACCGGGUAAAAAGUUGAAAGUAUUCAAACAGUGUGCAACGUUGUUGAAGACCGAACCUGGAACUCAAAGAUAUUUUCGAGAACUUUCAGAUAGUACCCACAGCAAAGUCCUUACAACACGAUACUGCCAAUUGAAGACUUGGCUUAAAGCCGCUGAAGGGUGGAGUAAGAUGGACAGUGGGACCGUCGAAGAUGACAAGGAGCUGCGUGAAUUGAUCCACACAGUCGAGCAUGAGGAAGAGAACGGCCUAGCUCUCAAACUAGCUUCCAAGGAGGAACGUGAGACACUCAAGAACCAAUCUAUGCUGGCAGAGGAUUACCGUGAUCGGGCUGCAAGAGGGGAAGUACGUAAGCGCUCAGAAACCCCCUCAGAAACCGACGACAAUGGCAGAUUGAUUAGCAGGAAACCCAAGAAGGCCCGCAACUCAGCUGCAUCCCAUGCAAACGCGGUCAUGGAGGAGCUGAGUGCUUUUAGUGGCGAGAUGAGUAAGAUGAAUGAAGCCGCUUUGACCGCUCAAGCAGAGCAAAACAACAAAAUAAACCUCCUUUACGAACGUGAGCUCACCAUAGCUGCCGCGGCGGCUAGAUCUCUAGAAGCACAUUGCAAGGCAGAACUGGCCCUUGAACAAAAAAAAUUCGAGUUGGCAUCUGAGCAAUCAAAAACCACAAACCUCACCUUAGAAGCUCUUGACGCUAAAGUAGACUCAAAAAUGACCUCAAUCAAUGACGCCUUGGCAGCAAUCAUGACUCAACUUUCCUCGUGUGUGCAAUGA